UGUGCAGAAAUGUGGCUUCACCAGCAGAAAAGUUAACCGUUGCAGAUUUAGCACAUUAAAAAUAGACUAUUAUUCAGAAGAAAUGGCCACCGGACUAUGAAGCGAGAACUUUAUUGGUGAGGGUAUAUGCGCAUAGCUGCUUAGAGAACCUCUCCACCCUCUCCAGGUCAAGUUGAGCGCACAAGGCGCCAUCUGUUCUCUCCCUCUCCAACCCGGGCCUGACAGUCUGAAUAACUCUUGGUCGGAAUGACAUUUGUUGCUGGCAGUAAAAUGGACUGGCUGUCCCCACGCUAUCACAAGCAGUCCCUAGCUCAAACUCUCUGUCGUUCGGGAUUGUUCGUGAUCUGUAUGGGAAUGAUGUUGACCAUGUCUAUGUAUCCCAUGCUGAGGUCCCUGGGUGUAAAGCUCCAUUCUUCCAUCUCAGGGAACUACGUACCUGGACACCACUCUGUUCUCCUCAUCAACUGCCCCAACGAACAGGCAGCCAAGGACAUCGGCAGAGCCAUUAUGGAGAGGAGGAUGGCAGCAUGCAUCAAUAUUCUGCCCAGGACCUCCACCAUGUAUUACUGGAAAGGGGAGAUUCAAGAUGCGACGGAAAUUCUGAUGUUGGUGAAGACGAGGACCUCGAGGAUCCAGAGGCUCAUAGACUAUGUCAAGUCUGUGCAUCCCUAUGAGACUCCAGAGGUGCUUAGUUUCCCAGUGGAGGACGGGAGCCUGCCCUAUUUGAAGUGGAUGGACGAGGCCGUUCCUGACGACUGACCAAUCAGGGAGCAUAUCCCCAAUGACUUGUGAUCUUAUUGGAUGUGAAUCUCCAAUCUAUUGGUCAACUGGAGAGUAAGGCAACAGGGAUUGGCUGGGAACCAGCAAGCUUUGGAUUGGAUUGAGUGGUUCAAAGUUCAAACUCUUGCUUUUGAACUUGAUCCACAGAUGCUAAAUGUUUAGCUCCUCCCACCAUGACAUUGAUAUUGACUCAGACUCAGAGUUGUUAUAGCUCUGUUUUAUACAGGUCCUGUUGUUGCCAUUGAAAUUCCGAGCUUGACAUGAUCUCUGUUUAUUGUCAGUAUGUCAGUCCUGAAAGAGAAAUAAUAAUAUUCAGUGUUGAUUCAAGGUAUUAGUUACGUUAAAAUUAUUUAUAUUGCAUUGUAUUCCUAAAACCUCAGAUUAAGGAUAGAUUAAAUCACAUUCCUUUUUCCUAUCUGGUUUCUUUCAAGCUGACACAGCAUCCCUGUUUAACGUUUCACUGUGAAGUGAAAAGUUGAUUGCACUGCAUUUUGAGAGGGAUUCUUGAGCACGGUUUGAGAUUUGUAUUCUAAGGAUAACAUUUGUAAUACAUGAUGGCACAAAAAUAAGUUCCUUCUUCCUUGAGGUGAUAUAUAUACAUUGUACCAUGUACAUGUCUGAAUGUUAUGGUGGGGCGGGAGCUUUUACAGUUCAUAUUUUAAAAAAGAGAAUGUUUAUUAAAAGACAAAUAUUUAAUCUAUUUCCACAUUCACAUACCCUAUCCAUACUGUUUUUUUGCCUUACAUGAAAAGAGGAGAUUAGGAGCAUGCACUACCGCUGGCAUUCUAUGUAUACUGUAUCUUGUUGUGUUUAUGCAUCUUUAGCCAGUUAUCCCUGGCUCUUAGAUCCAGAGAGGAAGCUGUGCGUCCACAUUAAACCUGUCCCACUGGGUACACAGAGCACAGAGAAGAAAGGUCCAGCUGUUCAGGUACCAGACGGACCCGGGCCUGGUGAAAGCAGGGACUGUUGGGUAACAC